UGUUUUGUCACAAAGCGUCAGUUUAUUAUGUUAAAAUUACAUAUUUACUAAUACCUUAUGAAAAUAAAUAAAGGUAUUGGUGUUAAAGGCAGCCUAAAGCCGUUGUUUUCAAUUUAGUACGCUAUGGCGGCUUUACUUAAGAAAAGAGCUUUAGCGGAAUAUAAUAAAUCAUUCCAGGAUGGUCCAUCUUCAAAAAAGCUGCAUUUAGCUAAGAAACCAUUAAUUGGCAGUUCUGCAGCAGCUUUUGUAGGACUUUUGGAAAAAUGCAAAUCAAGCGAGGAAGCGCUUCAAUUACUGCUAAGAAUAUCGGAUUGUUUACAAUUUCAAGAGUCCGAUGUCGAAGAAGCGAUCAAAAAGCUUUCAGAACAUUUUCAAUCUGAAGAGGAAUCUGUUGUUAGAGUUAAAAUAUUGUGGUUAUUUUGCGACAUAGGCCUGGAAUGUCCAGGUGCCAACUUGAACAAUUUAAUUGAAGAAACAAUACAUUUAAUUAAAAAUGAAACAUCACACAAGGUUAUAGCUCAAGGUAUAGCAACAUUAUUAAAACUAGGCACAAAGUUGAAUGAUGACAAGAUUUUGAUGAUGCGUCUAGUAAAUGUUGCAAAAGACAAUCUAAAAGACACAAGUCACUCAGUGAAGUGCAGAUGUUUGCAGCUCAUCAGCGAACUCUACCCUAUCUAUCCAGAGUCAGAUAGAACUAAAGAUAUGACAACAGAAGCUGAUGCUAUUGUCAAAUUGUUGGGUGAUUACUCUAAUGCUGAGGAUGCAAGAGUGAGAUGUGAGGCAUUCCAGUCUCUUCUAACAUUACAUGAGCGAGGUCAGACUUUAAAUGCCUCAUUAUAUGAACAUGUUUGUGAAUCAUUGUCUGAUGAUUAUGAAAUUGUACGAGAAGUAGCUCUCAAGCUCCUUUGGCUGCUGGGAAAUAAAUAUCCAGAGAAUACAAUAACUCUACCGGACGGUGAGACGACAAUGCGUCUUGUGGACGACGCGUUCGUCCGCAUCUGUUCGGCUGUGAACGACCUGUGCAUGCAGGUGCGCGCGCUCGCCUGCUCCCUGCUCGGCACCACGCGCAACGUCUCCGACCGCUUCCUGCUGCAGACGCUGGAUAAACAACUCAUGAGUAAUAUGAAGGUGCGCACGGCGGCGGUGGAGGCGGUGUGCCAGCUGUCGCAGGAGAGCGCGAUGUUCGCGACCACGUCGCUGGACUUCCUCGUGGACAUGUUCAACGACGAGAUCGAGGACGUGCGCGUGCGCGCCAUCAACAGCCUCACCAAGAUGUCGCACCACAUCGUCCUGAGAGAGGACCAGCUGGAGAUCAUUCUAGGCGCUCUAGAGGACUUUUCAAUGGAUGUCAGAGAAGGUCUGCACAGGAUGCUGGGAUCUUGCACAGUCGCAUCUAAAACGUGUCUAGAAAUGUGUAUCGAUAAAAUAUUAGAGAAUCUCAAGAGAUAUCCUCAGGACAAGCGGUCGACGUUCCGUUGCGUGCAGCGCAUGGGCAGCGCGCACGCGGCGCUGGUGCUGCCGCUGGCCACGCGCCUGCUCGCGGUGCAUCCCUUCUUCGACAUGCCGGAGCCGGAUGUGGAGGAUCCGGCUUACAUGUGCAUCCUGAUCCUGGUGCUGAACGCGGCGCAGCACUGCACCACCAUGCUGCCGCUGUUCGAGGAGCACACCAUCAAGCACUACACCUACCUCAGGGACACCAUGCCGCACCUCGUGCCGCAUCUGCCCAUCGGCGAGUCGCAGAUAUCUCGCAGCGACCGCAGCGAGCCGCUGGACGACAGCGCGGUGCGCCGCUUCUUCGACACCGUGCUGCAGCACAUCGACAACUCCGCGCUCUCCGCCGCGCUGCGCCUCAACAUGCUGCGCUCCGCGGAGGACCAGCUCAAUAAGUACAGUAUCUCAUCUAUCAAUACAUCUCACAUAACCUCUCAGUACGACGACGGUACACAGAACGUGCGUUUACUAACAAAAGUGUUGAUAUCGCACGGCGUGUGGACGGAGCCGUGCGGCGUGGACAUCUCCAUCUGCCUGGCGGUGGAGGAGCCGAGCAGCCGGGAGCCCGCCGCGCUCGUGGAGCUGUGCCGCCCCGUGCGCGUCACGGUCGCACCCAAACCCAUCAAGAGAGGCAUAUAGAACAUAAAGCCGGAAAUACACAUGCUAAUAACAUGAACCAUACGAGCAUAAUGGGUAUAUACAUGCCAGUAAAAUAUCAACGAACGCAAGUAACGAGACAUGUGUAGCUUCAAACCCUCCCUAGACCAUCCGCUCCUUUAUAUGCAUAUAGCUAUCAUAAAAAAAUGUUGUGCUAGCACAAGAUACUGGCAUAUAAGAUAUAGUUCACAAAUGCCUAUAGCUGGUCUAUGGCUGGCAGUAACAGACAUCCAAGUGUGCCAGCUACACUGAUGUUUGGCACAUAUGAAUUUCCGUAUUUUUGUCAAGGUAAAAAUACCUGUUUAAUAUUUGAUUCUCACAUUUAAUAUCAGACAUAAACAGAAUUGACUAUGUUCGAAGAGAAUUGUCUGGUUUGAUACUUCAUAUAUUUUUCAGUGUUUACACUAAAAAUAUAGGCAUACAAGUUAUUUUAUUUAUUUGUAUGUGUUGUAUAUACGAUUAAGGUAUACAAAUAAACUAAGAUUAAACAUC